GCGGUCGCUCCAGUCGGUGCGCGCCGGGCGGCCGGGUCGCUGCUGUUGCAGUUGCCGCGGAGGGCAGGGAUCCGGGAGCCGGGCAGGGGCAGGGUUUAGGGCGGCGGGGCCGGGAGGUCAGGCCGGAGGUCCAGGGCGGCGGGGCCAGGAGUGUUGGCGGUCGCGCCGUCGGUGCCGCGCCGAUCCGCGCCCGGAGCCUGCAUGGGGCGGCGGCGCUGAGCCCAAGCCACCCCGCUCCCGCCGCGCUCCCGCCCCGGCCCCGCCAUGGCCGAAGCACCGCAACUGGUGGACAUCGACCCUGACUUCGAGCCGCUGCCGCGGCCCCGCUCCUGCACCUGGCCUCUGCCGCGGCCGGAGUUCAACCCCCCCAGCUCGGCCACUUCCAGCCCGGCUCCGUCGUGCGGCGGGCAGCCCGAUGGGGCGGCCGGAGCCGCGGCCGGGGCCGGGGCCGCCGCCUCGGGAGCGCUGAGCGCCGACUUCAUCAGCAACCUCAGUCUGCUAGAGGAGAGCGAGGACUUCGCGCCGCUGCCCCCCGCCGCCGCCCCCCCGGAGGCUGCCGCCUGCCGCUGCGGGGACUUCCCGGCGCCCGAGGCCGGCUGCCGCCUCCACCCGCCCGGACCGCCGCCGGUGCCGCCGGUGCCCCCGCCCGUGGCCGGUCUGUCACCGGGUCCCGUGCCCGGGCAGCCCCGCAAGAGCAGCUCGUCGCGGCGCAACGCGUGGGGCAACCUGUCCUACGCAGACCUCAUCACCAAGGCCAUCGAGAGCUCCCCCGAGAAGCGGCUCACCCUCUCCCAGAUCUACGAGUGGAUGGUCAAGAGCGUCCCCUACUUCAAGGAUAAGGGCGACAGCAACAGUUCGGCCGGCUGGAAGAAUUCAAUCCGUCACAACCUGUCUCUGCACAGCAAGUUCAUCAGAGUGCAGAAUGAAGGAACAGGGAAGAGUUCCUGGUGGAUGCUCAAUCCUGAAGGAGGAAAGAGUGGCAAAUCUCCUAGGAGGCGAGCAGCGUCCAUGGAUAACAACAGCAAGUUUGCCAAAAGCAGAGGCAGAGCUGCCAAGAAAAAAGCAGCCCUUCAGUCUGGUCAAGAGGGGAAUGGUGACAGCCCUGGAUCACAGUUCUCAAAGUGGCCUGCAAGUCCCAGCUCUCACAGUAAUGACGACUUUGACAACUGGAGUACAUUUCGACCUAGAACGAGCUCUAAUGCUAGCACAAUUAGUGGAAGACUUUCUCCUAUAUUGCCAGAGCAAGAUGACCUUGGAGAUGGGGAUGUGCACUCCAUGGUAUACCCAUCAUCAACCACCAAAAUGACUUCUACUCUACCAAGCCUUUCAGAGAUGAGUAAUUCUGAGAACAUGGAAAAUCUUUUGGAUAAUCUCAAUCUCUUAUCACCUAACACAUCAAUGACUGUGUCAACCCAGUCUUCAUCUGCCACCCUGAUGCAGCAAACACCAGGUUACUCAUUCGCAUCCUCGACCACAAGUAUAGGUUCACCAAAUCCUGACUACAGGAAAUUCACUUACGCUCAAGCUAGCAUGAGCUCCUUGUCCCAGAUUCCUAUGCAGACUCUCCAAGACAGUAAGUCAAGCUACGGACCGAUGAGCCAAUACAACUGUCCUGCCGGACUUCUGAAGGAGUUACUGACUUCCGACUCUCCGCCGCACACUGAUAUCCUGGCAUCGGUGGACACUGGUGUUUCCCAGGCUGGCGGCAGGGCGCUGGGCCAAAGUGUGCUGAUGGUCGCCAACUCGGUGGUGCCCAACUACGGCAGCCAGCCCCCCCACAACAAAAUGAUGAACCCCAACGCCCGCCCUCACCAGGGACAUAACCAGCCAGCAGUCAAUGGCCGUGCCUUGUCACACACAGUGAACACCAUGUCGCACACGUCAGGGCUAAGCCGCCUGUCGACAGUCAAGACUUCGCUACAAGUGCCUAUGAGUCACCCGAUGCAGAUGAAUGCCAUGAAUCCGUAUGCCCCUGUUAACAGUUGCAAUGGCUACGGGAGGGUGGGAAUUGUUUCCCUCCACCAGGAGAAGCUUCCCAGUGACUUAGAUGACAUGUUAAUUGAACGGUUGGACUGUGACAUGGAGUCGAUUAUCCGUAAUGACCUUAUGGAUGGAGAAACGUUAGAUUUUAACUUUGACAGUGUGUUGCCUAACCAAAGUUUUCAGCACAGCGUAAAGACAACCACACACAGUUGGGUGUCAGGCUAGGAUGUAGUAGGAGGCUAUGGUUAAAUUCUCCAGACUUGUCUGACAGCAGGAACUGAGAAAAGCAGUACAAAGAUGUCCUUCACCUUUCUUUUUAAUUUUCUUGACAAAGCUGUGCGCAUGCACUAACUUUUUUUGGUUGUUUUUGGUUUUGUUUUUUUUUUUUUUCCUUUUGCCUUCCUUUCGUCAGAGUUGGCAGCAGAGAGAGUAUUUUCCUGUACAGGAUGUUUGCCCAAGGUUUGCAGGUUAUGUGCUGCUGUAGAUAAGAACUGUGCCAUUGGAAAUUUCGUUACUCUGAAGUGCCAAAUUCACUACACCAUAUAAUCACAGCAAAGACUCUUACUUACAUCAUGUCGUGCUUUCGGUUUUGUACAGUAUGAUCUGUAGAAGAAGAAUUGUUUUUUAAGACUAUCUGUUUCGGUCUAAGAAAAGUUUAUAAACUUUUGUAAGAAUACUGUGAUGAUCUCAUGCCCUAAGUAAGUUUAACCUUCGUUGAUGUUACCUGUGUUUUGAUGAAUUGAGAUAACUGUGGACUUGCCUUGCAGCAGUACGAACUGCUUUAUUUUACUCAAAAUUGCCACACAUUUCAUAUGGGAAUAGAAAAGCGUGUUAAAUAUGAUCCUACUAAACUCACUGACUAUUCAAAGCAACCAGUAGGUUAAAUGCCAUUUGAUAAUUUACCUGUAUUUGUGUAAAUUUAUGCAAGAAUAUAUCUGGAUUUCAUUGUCAGAUUAAUCACUUUGUUGUUGGGCUUAAGAUAAUUUUUGGAAUACUUUCCAAGUUAUUUUUCUUACAAUUAAAAUCUACUUUUGUUACAUAGGCAACUUAAAAAAAAAAUAAAUCUGAGAUCUGGCAGCAUUCAUAACCUCUUCAUUUUGUACAGUAUUUUAACUGGAUUAAGUACAUGUUUUUAUAAAUUUCCCUAGCACUUGGGAGUGCUAAUAACAGAAAAGCUUAAUAAGGAUCUUGAAUACAAAACAUUUCUGUCCCUUUUUUUGUUGUGUGAUGUAUGAAUAUAGACAACUUUAUGUUUAGAAAUAUUUAAUCAGUUUUAUAUAUGCAUUUUUAGAAAUGUCAUCUGCUUCUAUUACCAUUUUAACUACCACGAAGUGUUAAGUAUUCAUUGUUAAGAUGCUUGUACAAUGCUUCACAUUUAUAUUUAUUUCAUGGAGGUCUCAUAAUGUUUGUGCGCUCAAGAGCAGAACCUUUUGCGGAAAAUUUGUAAUUGUAGUAAAAUUAUUGACAAAAUUGUCUUUUGUCUUAAUUAGCACUAGUUGUAGGGUUCAUCAGUGUUUCUGUUGUAAAGCAGUAGAUUUGAAGAGGCAAAAAUGCUAUUUUUGAGUGGGAGGCUAAAACUUUGACCUUAUUGCAGGACAAAAAAAUUACUUUUUCAAAAAGAAAGAUAAAGUAAGUGGCAAAGUUAUACAAAUGCAUGAGGUUUAGGAUAGGGGAGAGUAUUAAUAACAGAGGUCUUUUAUCUGUGGAAAAACCUGGUCUUGCUGGAGUAAGCAUACUCACUGACAGCUACCUGAGCAUUUCCAGGACUAGGUCUUAGAAUAAACGAUUUCUGAUUUUUUGUCAUUGCAUGAUGCAGUUUUCAUGGAUGUGUGAAUAAGAGGCCUCACCUGUCUUUUCACUGGUUUCUACACAACAUUUGUGUUACAGAAAUCCUUGGAGCUUUUUUUUAUGCACUGACAGAAUUAACAGGUUUUUUUUGGUUUUUUUUUUUUUUUGCCAGGGCUGGCUCUUAUGAGGAAGGGGAGAAACAAAUAUUUCUACACUGAUUUUUCUUUUGUGUAAACAUCUCACAAACAAAAUUUUUUAUACUGAUUUUUCUUUUGUGUAAACAGCUCACAACCAGAAAAUGUCCUAUUUGAAACUCAUCUUCCCUGUAGUGAUUGUGUAUGGUGGAGAAGGAAACAGGAUGUGCCAAGUAAAUGAAGUUUAGAAACAAGCCAUAUGUUUAAUGAUCCUGUUAUGACUUUCCUAAGGCUCUGCAAUGUAUUUAUUGAUGUGCUACCAUUUAGCUCCCUGUUGGGCUUAAAUCACUACUAAUUACAUCUGGUCCUACUUUUUUAGAUAUGCUGUAUGGUUGUCAGGCAGUUCCAGAGCUGGUGUGAUACAGGAUCUUCCCCAGCAUGGAGUUGGUCUUUGAACUUGUUUUGAGCAAAAUCAAAUGUUCUUAGUGCCAAAGCCUCAGUGAAGCCCCCUGCUUUUACAGGCAGAUAUCUCCAGUAGCAUCUUCACCAUCAAAUGCCUAGUCUCUGAGACAUGGUAGUAAAUCCUGGCAGUGGAGCCAAGUGGAGGGCUCAUACAGGGGUUUCUGAAGAUCAUUCUGUCUGCUGCAAGUGCAAAAAGUUUUGCUCCCAAAUAGGCACUGAUACACAUGGGCCAAAGUUGUCAUGAAAUCCACCUCUGCAUGUAAAGAACGCAGUAAUCAAUGCUAUGCUCCAUGGGGAUGCAGCUGAACAUGCUACAUUUAACAAUAUACCUCCUGUUUAUUAUUUACUGCUACUGUAUAACUUCCUGUAAACAGCUGUUUUAUUUCUUUCCUUUUAUACCUAUGAAUAACAUAAAUGUAGCCUUACAUUAAUUACAACAGUCUGUAGAAAGCCCUUUUAAUUAUUGUGAAGAAACGGUUGUAGAUAAUCAGAGAUUUGGACUGCAUGGUCUAUUUGGCAUUUUUUGGGGUUUGGGUUUUUUUUAAUUUUGAGGGGGUUUUUUGUUAUUUGUUUGGGGUUUUUUGGUUCUGUUUUUGGGUGUUUUUUUUUUUUUUUUUUGUGGUGCCAUUCUAAUGUGUUGCAAUUGUAAUUCUGGAAUACUGUGAAGUUGAGCAUGUUGUCUGCCUUGAAAACAAACAUUAUGUGACCUCUAGUUAUAAAUCCUUUUUCAGUAAAAGUACCAAGUUUCUGGAGUAACUUAGUUUGUCAGAAUUGUUGUAAAUGAUUGGUUUGUGAAUUGUGCAGAUGAUCUUACCUAUGCAGCCUUGUUUUUGACUUUUCUCUGGUUUGUACUGUUAUUAAAAGUUUAUUGUAUUAUAGAGCUGUUGAGAUAUUUUAAAUAUAAAGAUGUAUUGUUUCCAUAAUAUAGCUAUAUGAUAUAUGUUUAGGUAGUAGAUGCAUUAAUUGGAAAGCUCUGCUUUGAUAAACUGACAGUUUGCCUACACUUAUAAGCAAAAAUCAUAUUGCUUAUUAUUAUUGGCUUAGGUCAACAGAGCAUCCCUGAGAAUUGAAAUUGGACCAAUUAUAAAACAGUAUAAAAUUUGCACUUGUUAAACCACUGGAUGUAUGUUAGUACUUUUUUAUUUUUUUACUGAUUUGAAAUUCCUAUUUUCAUUAUGAAAUUGCUAGGAUUCUUAAUUUAUGACUGAUUUUAAAUAAGGUAUUCUCAUUAUUAUUAUUAUUAUUAUUAUUUUGGUAAUCGUAAUAUAAGAUGCAGCAUGGUUUAUGCAAGCAAAAAGCAAAUUAUUCAACAUGAAAACUGGCCUCUUUUUUGAAGGUGUUCCACAAACCAGCAAUAUCUGAGAGAUUGGCAUGUACAUACUGCUAGUUCUAUUUGCGAGUGGUGUGACAGCUCUUCAACGCUUCACUGCUCUUAGUCACAUUGCAAAAUUAAAAUUCAUACGUGGAUAUUUUCAGAAAAAGUGCCUGAUGUACUUCUACAGACACAUGAGAACAAUCCCUGACAGUUUGUUGUAUAAAGCCAUAAAUGUAUAUAAAUUAUGUUAAAAAGAUUUUGUGUCCUUUCUUGUAUGCAGAGAAUGAGAUUUGUACCAGGAUUCUACUUGUGAUUAGUAAUCCUUCUACUGAGAUGUUGUCGUAAUCACUUUCCUCACCAUGUAAUCUUUUUAAUGAUGAUGAUCCCAUUUGGACAAUCCUGAUGGCAUUAGCAAUUUUAUACAGAAAAAUACCUCAUGGUACCAAGUCUUGCCUGGUGAGAUGAUAACAUAUUAAUGAGCAAACACUAACUGCAGAAUAGUUAACAAAUUUUCCAUUACUUGGUAUAAAGGAAUUUUUCUCUCUUAGCAUUGCUUCUGGAUUUGGAACUGUAGCAGGUACAGGAACCUAAUAGGGCUGUGUUACCAGUGUUUAAUCACAACCUAGUGUGCUAAAAGUAACUUGUUUACAAGUCUUUGAGACUAAACGCAAGAAGAAUCCAUGCCUGACUCCCAGGGCUCAGGAGGCAGCUUUGUGUAGAGGUGUGUUGUUACUGGAAGGUGCACAGAGUGGUGUCAGACCGUGCUGCAAGUGCUUCAACAAGCGUAGUUCAGAGAAAAUGGCAAAAAGUCCUGAAAUCGUUUCAGAGUGGGUAUUUGUAAGUAUAAGCUCUUAAUAAAAUUGCUAUGACAUGAGAUGGUAAUUAGUGUAUCAGAAUGCUAUGUAAUACAUUAUUAAAGAAUAAUAAAAAAGGGGAUGUUAACAUCCAUCAAAUCACAGGAAA